ACCAUUGCGAGAGCUUUGGUAGAAAUAAAAUCCAGUCUGGUUUCCCUGCCACUGUACCACACCCCUUUUGGAUCCGUUAUCGUUGGGGAGUAUGGCUUCCAUGCCCCUCUCCCAAGUCCUUCCGAUUCCGAAGCAGCUCCCUACCCUUUGGAAGAAGCAUCCCAGAUCGUUCCAUCACAUUCUCCGCACAAGCCCUCUUCAGAACCCUAGAUCUCGAAGGGGAUUCGCGGUGUUUGCGGAGGGCAAUGGGCUCAAAAGAGACGACGCCGUGGGGAGGGAAACCGGCGAGGGCGGAGCAGACCUGAAGAGGGACCGACGGCCGGCGUUCAAUCUCCGGUGGCGAGACUUGCUCUAUCCGGAUCCCGAGAACAUGGUGGCCAUAGGAUUGACGGGCCUCGUCACGUGGGCGAGCGUUCAGGUGUUGGGGCAGCUCUUCUUCAUCUCCAUCGCCAUCCUACUCGCCGCUCUCAAGUACUCCUUCAUCGCUGCUCUCCUUCUCUUUAUACUGAUUACCCUCCUUUGAUACGAAAGCUUGCUCCUUGCGAAUGAAAGCUUCGAUUUUGAUAGCUUCUGUGACCUAAAUUUUGUCGAUUGAUGGUAUUCGUUGUUAGGUGCGUAUGUGUAUAUGGGUGCACUUUGUAGCAAAAUCUGGGAAAUAUUAAAGCUGAAUGGAAUGAUUCUAUGUUUUUCUGC